CUGUGUUAUUUGAACCCAUAACGUUACACCACACACGAUCUCUAGCCAGCUGACGGUCAGUUGGACGUGCACCCCAUACUGAGCUGUCAAAAGCCACCCACACUCGUUUUCCGGAUGAGCGCACACACACAGCAUUGCUAGCUCAUUAAUAAUAUAUAUACUCACAUGUUCAGGGUUUCUGGUUUUCUUUUAUAUUCCAGUAUUGCGUGACUGUCCUGGUCAGGAAAGUUAAAAUCUCAAAUUGUAUCCAUCACCUUUGUUGGUGGAAUAUGUAAUUAGUACAACAAGCUUUGACAUACCAAACGUGUGCUCAAUGUGUCUGCUUCAGUGCCAUCAUUACAUGAAUGCGGAAAAAACUGUUUUGCAUGACUUCCACCAAUUCCCGUGGUCUACAUGAUUAGUAUCUAUGCGGAACAAAGUUGCCAUGUGAGGGUGUAUUAGGACAGUCCAACCACGUCAACACUAGAUCUUAUUCCUGUCAAUGUCCAACCAUGCAAUUUUUUUGUAUUUGUAAGGAAAAAUGAAAAUGUAAGAGCCUUUUUGGGAGCAGGUAUGAAAUUAAUAGAUGAACUGAGUUAUGACAGUGAAAAUGAUUAUGAUAAUGUUUGCACAAGAUAAAAUCAACAUUGAUUAUAUCCUAUAUUAUAGAAUAACUGAAAAGGAUUAUGAUCAUAUGUUUGAAAAUGUCAGUAUUAAUUAUUAUCAUCCAUGACAGAAUAGAAUCAUUAGGAUGCAGGUCCCUGAUUAUUUGCUCUGUUUAUUUCAGUUGAGUUUGAGGGCCACAUUCCAACAAAGAUUCCUGAUCUACCCCCUUUAACUGAAGUCACAGUGUCAACACUACUUGAAGAAAUAGAGAACCAGUGGGUGGUCUCUGACAGACUUAUUGUUAGCUAGGAGGAAGACAUGGAGGGUUCAACGCUGACACAGAGGAGGGCUGAGUGUCAGUUGAAGGAUAGGGAGAUCCAGACAGACUACAUGAUGGAGCUGGGAGCCAGGUUGGUUCUGGUGAGACAGAUCCAGAGGGAGCAGGAGAAGGAGAUGAAGAGGAUUUGGUUUGAGACGAGGAAAAUGCCAAGCCUGAUUGAGGAGAAUGUGAGAGAUGUGACCAAACGUCCACUCACUGAGUUCAUGGCUCCCUGUAUUGACUCCCUCCCACCACUGGCUUUCACCAAUCGGAGGCCAAUACCAACCAUGUUGCAUCCCCCCUCUCCAUUGGUCAUACGCACUCAGGAUGCACAGCGAUUCAUUGUAUUUUCCUACUUUGUCCCUGCUGAGUGCCCAGUUUCCACAGAGGCCACAGCAGAUGUAUCUGCUGGUAGAAGAGAGGACUUGUCGACAGAUACACAUCUUUCCUCAAUGCUGCAUCGAUACCUGCCACACUUCUUUAACAAUGACUCCAUUCCACCACAGCAGACAGUAGAGGGAACCACUGAGGACUCAGAUUCUCCAGUGGCAAUAUCUAAUAUCAAGGAAGAGGACAGAUUCUAUCCUUUCUCCCUCCCACCACUGGCUCAGCGGUUCAUUGGCAAUUCAUUCAAAGUCCCGGAAACCUCCCAGCCUGCUGUUUCAGCCACGGAGUGCCGAGUUGCCACAGUGGACACUGCAGAUACAGCCACUGUCAAGAGAGAGAACCGAUGGGCAGCUACAAUUCUUCCUUCAGUGCUGCCUCCAUGCCUGCCACCAGUCGUUGACGAUGACUUAAUGCCUCCAGAGCACACAGUAGAGGAAUCCUAUGUGGUCUCAUUUGCUACAGAGGCCACUUCAGGCACAGCUACUGUUGAUGGAAUGGACAGAUCAGCAGCUAAAUGCCCUGUCCCAAUGCUGCCUCCAAGUCUGCCACGUGUCUUUGACGACAAACUGCCAGGGGCGGCAGUAGAGGGAACCAACAAGUGUCCAGUUGCCAGUGAAACAACCAAUGAUGUGUCCACUCACCUCAAAGAGGACAUGGGAGCUGAUCAAAGCCCUCCUGACCCUGCAGCACUGCCUCCAAGCUCGCCAUGUAUCUGUGACUCUGACCACAAACUGACCAAGGAGGAAAAAGAGGAUGUACCCGAGUCCUCCCUUGCCACAGAGAUCGCUGUAGGCACAUCCAUUGUCCAGGGAGAGGACCUGGAUAAAAGCCCUGCUCCAAGGCUGCCUCCAAGCUUGUCACACGUUUUGGACAAUGACCAUAAGCAGCCAGAGGAGACGAUAGAGGAAGCCACUGAGUGCUCAGUCGCCGCAGAGGCAUCAGUUGCUAAUAGAGAGGAUCCAUCAGCAGCCACAGGUCUUCCCUUAGUGCUGCCUUCAAGCCUGCAACUUGUCUUUGACAAUGACUACAAACUACCAGAGGAGGCAGUAGAGGGCACCAGCAAGUGUCCAGUUGCCCGUGAAGCAGUCGCUUCCGUGUCCACUGUCCUCCAAGAGGAGUUUUUGGCUGAAAAAAGUCCUCCUGCACCCACAGCACUGUCUCUAAGGCUGCCCUGCACCCACAACAUUGACCACAAACAGCCAGAGGAGACCGUUGAGAACACCACAGAGUGCUCAGUUGACAUAGAGGAAAGUGCAGUUGCAUCCACUGUCAAGAGAGAGGAAAUGAUGGGUGAUAAAAGCCCUGUCCAUGCACUUCCUCCAAGCCUGGCAUGCAUCCAUGACAAGGACCACAAGCAGCCAGAUCAGAAAGGAAGGGGCACUACUGUGGAGGUGGAUAUCUGCCCUCACGCUCAACAGCUGGUCUCAGAUGCUAACUUAACUCUGGCAACCCGCAAUGAUGAGCUGCCCAACCCUCUGAUCUGCGUAGUCACUAAGAUGCCUGUUAGAGUUGGAGCAUCCAUAUGCAGGUCAGAGGAUGAGGAACCCAGGCCCUGGACCCUGGAAGAGGCAAAGGAUCAUUGGAUAGGCAUUGAAAUUGAGAGUGAAGAGAGGAGCGUCACUGAGGAGGUGAGCCCGAGGGAGGGAUUGAAGAGUGAGGCGGAUUGUGCCCAUUCCAAGUGCUCUAUUGGGAAGGUUUCAACAGAGAGAGCAGAAACCAUCCUGGGAAGAGUGGGCUUUCUGCUCAUGAACCAAAUGCAGAAAAUCCCAUUUUUGAAGAUGGAGGAAAAAGAGAAAAAUAAGAAACUGAAUAAGAAGUUGAAAGAUGAAGAGAAAGAGAGAAAGGAGAUAAAACACAAGGAGGAGGAGCAAAAAAAGAGGGAGAAGAAAGAGAUGAAGGAGAGAGAGAAAGAGCAGAAGAAAGUCAUGAAGGCUGAGAAGAAGAGGGAGAAGUUAGAACAGAAAAAGAGAGAGAAGGAAAGAAAAGAGAAGGAAAAGGCAGAGAAAAAUAGGUUAGAGGGGCUGAUGAAGAUACAUAAUGACAUGAUGAAAGACAGAAUUAAGAAAGAGAAGAAGUGUUCUGAGGAGCUGAAAAAGAGAGAGAAAGCUCAAGCUGCAUUCUUGGAGAUGGAGAGAAAGAUUCAAGAAAAGGAGGAGAAGAAGAGAGAAAAGAUGAGGAGAGAGGAGAGGAAGAGAGGAGAGGAGAAGAAAAAGAGGGAACCAGCUGGAGGUGGAACUGAGAGGGUGAUAGAAGAGCAGGGAAGGGAUGAAAGCUUGAAGAUGGAUGAGUAGACUGGGUAAUAGAGAGUAGGGAGGGAGGGAUAUGGUAUUUUUGCAUGCAAUGAAAGAACGAAGCAUUUAAAAAUAAAAUAAAAAAUGUUUACUCUGUUUGAUUUUUGUUAAGGCAUACUGUACAACACUGUAUAAACACAAAAUGUUGACUUUUCACACAUCUGGGGAGUGUUUAAUGAUGAGGAGUUGAGGAAGAACAGGGGGGGGAGUUGGA